AUACCCGUCACUUCUACUCCAUCCACCACCACCUAGCUAUCCAACAUGGUCAAGGCAGUUGUUGCAGGCGCUUCCGGAGGCAUUGGCCAGCCCUUGUCUCUCCUCCUCAAGGCUUGCCCGCUUGUCGACGAGCUCGCCCUCUAUGAUGUCGUCAACACCCCCGGCGUCGCCGCCGAUCUCUCUCACAUCUCCACCCCCGCUACCGUGACUGGAUACCUCCCCGAGAACGGCGAGGGCCUCAAGAAGGCAUUCACGGGAGCUGACAUUGUCGUCAUUCCCGCUGGCAUUCCCCGCAAGCCCGGCAUGACCCGUGACGACCUCUUCAAGAUCAACGCCGGCAUCGUCAAGGGUCUGAUCGAGGGUAUUGCCCAGCACUGCCCCAAGGCCUUCGUCCUCAUCAUCUCCAACCCCGUCAACUCGACGGUCCCGAUUGCCGCCGAGGUGCUCAAGCGUGCUGGCGUGUUUGACCCCAAGAAGCUCUUCGGUGUCACCACCCUCGACGUAGUCCGUGCCGAGACCUUCGUUGCUGGCAUCACCGGGGAGCGCACCCCCUCGAAGCUCACCAUUCCCGUCAUUGGCGGCCACUCUGGACAAACCAUUGUCCCACUGUUCAGCCAGGCUCAGCCAGCUGUGAACAUCCCUGCUGACAAGUACGAUGCUCUUGUCAACCGUGUUCAGUUCGGCGGCGACGAGGUCGUCAAGGCCAAGGAUGGUGCAGGCUCUGCCACCCUCUCCAUGGCCUACGCCGGUUUCCGCUUCGCGGAGAAGGUCCUCAAGGCCGCCAGCGGCGAGAAGGGCAUCGUCGAGCCCAGCUACGUCUACCUCCCCGGCGUCUCCGGCGGUGACACCAUCGCAAAGGCCACCGGCAACGACUUCUUCUCCGUCCCCAUUGAGCUCGGCCCCUCGGGCGCCGAGAAGGCCAUUGACGUCGUCAGCAAGGCCAACGAACAGGAGAAGAAGCUCCUCGAGGUCGCCUACAAGGACCUCCAGGGCAACAUCCAGAAGGGCAUCGACUUUGUCCACAACCCGCCUCAGAACUAGGCUGUAAACGACGUGAUGAUGAUACGGCAUGAGUCAAUGACACCAGUUACAAUGCAUAUAUUUUGAAAAGCACGGCGGAAAUGAUGGGUGAUGGAGUUUGUGGCUCGAUGACAGCCAGAAAUAUACUCUUGCGAUUGACA